AUGGCAAGACGCAAUAAACCGAUUCCAUUCUGCAAGUGCGGAACUAGAACUAUUUUGAAGACCUCAUGGACAGAAAGAAAUCCAGCGCGAAGAUAUAUUGAAUGUGCUCAAAAUCAGGUUAGAGGGUGUGGAUUUUGGGACUGGUAUGAUGAAGAAAUUUGUGAGAGAGCUAAGCAAGUAAUACCUGGCCUGUUAAGAAGUAAGAACAAAUUAGAAGCUGAGAAUGAAGCUCUGCAAAAGGAGGUUCGGGGAUGGCAAAGCAAAGCAAACGAGAUGGCACUGGAGAUAAAAAGACUAAAGGAGCAAUUGGAAAAAAAACAAAGGACAAGAAAGCUAGCAAAAAGUGUUUUUGUGAUUGGGGUGGUUGUUACAGUGUGGUUAAUAUGGAUGCAUGAGCCAACAAUGCCAAAUUCGAAGAGGUUGCAAAUUGCUAGUGUAUGA